CUUCAGCGAAUGGUCUAGGCAUGACUGCUGGCUGCUGGCUGCUACGCGAUUGUGAGUUCGUAGAAUCCAAAUAUUAAAUAAAAUUCUGAAGUACGAAGUAGCACUUCGUAUGUUGCACAUCGCUGGUCUUGCUCUUCGGUUGCCUUUGCUAUAACUUGAUCUUUUGGGGGGGAUCGAUGGUCAGGAAAAAUAUCGUCCCGAUCACUACGGAACAACUCAUUACGCCAAUUGCCAGCGUCGCUAUCCGGGCCGUCUCUUCGCCGGACAAUUCUUUCCACGCCACCAACACGACCGAUGCCAGGUAGCACAGGGUCCCAAAGACAAACUUCCCGUACGGCAGGGUGGCAAGGAAGGAGUGUUUCUGCAUCCACACCGUUGCCUUCUCCGGAUCGCUGCACGUCAGAACCCGGUAGAGGAGUGCACUCGUCAGGGCGGAGCAGGUGCAGGCGUGAACGGCAACGAUGGCCAGGACGUAGGUGAUCGUGUCGAGGAAGCUUCCGCUGCGCUCGAGUUCCCACGAGUUGGUUAGGCUAAAGCCGCCGACCAACGCACUGACGACACUCGUGUUCAGCUGAUCGUCCCUGUGUUUGUCGUACUCCAUCUCGUAGGUCGCCUUUGUUGCCGUCUCCGGCAUUCCCUCCUUUCGUUUCACGUACAAAAUGCCGUCCUCCAUCGUCAUCGCCACAAUAUUCUUCGAAACGGGAAGACUCUUCUCGAGUAUUCGAUGAUAAAUUUGUUUGUGUGUGAUUCUUAUGUGUGUACAGUACUUCCUAAUUUAAUAGGAGAAGAGUUUCACUUAUUAGUUUUUGCUUCUCGCCGUGACAACAUACAUCUCUCGUGCAGUCCAAAGGAAGGUUCACCAAAAUUCUGUCAGAAAGCGCGACGGGAAUGCGCGUAUCCUGUUUUCUGUUUUUGCACGUCAGCUCUCUCAUUUAUGUCGUGGUACGCUUAGUGCCGUACGUAGUGCGGUACUACGAGUUUCCUAACAAUUGCAAAAAGUUUUGAUUGGAAGUUUUAAAUAUUGAUUUGAAGUCAUGAACUUUUGCUCGUACAUCAUGUACCAGAUUCUACUGAGUUUUUUUUAAAUGACUGAAUGACCGAACCGAUUCUCCAUGUGAUUCAAUUAUGAAUCCUGGCCUUUCAAUCAUGAAACCUGAUAGACUUUCUACUGGGACAUUUUGAAGUUCAUAACUUCGAAAUUUAGAACUUGAAAUUAUUACUUAUUGCUCUUUGUCGGAGUCCGGUUUCAAUUGUCACGAAACUCGUAGUGUGGAAAACGGAAAACACGUAUUUUCUGUUUUCUACAGUACAACAGUACGAAAGGCAAGAAAAGGGCUUUACGCUUUUAUUUCCACACCAACCGUACGGUACUAGGAGUACAAUACUAGACUACAGUACGAGUACUACGUGCAUCCUGCUAGUAAAACGACCGUAUUCAUCUCUUCAACCGUGACAGCGUCUCUGCAUUGGAGACAUCUUGCAGGCCUCCUGGCAGUAUUGUUGUUGGCACAGCCGCUCCGCAUUUUGUGCGAUGCAUUCUGCGUCGGUGUUGCUCCAACCCCGGCUCCCACCACUGCUCUGCACGCGAGGACCGGUUUGGGCCCGUCGCCGUGUGAUUGGUUUGUUUUGUGAAACAAUACAGUACACGGUGUUGGUUAUCGAAAGCCCGCCGGCAGCAUGAGCGACGGGGAUCCGAACGGAGAAGGAGAACCUUCCUCCCCUCCCGUCCGGUGCUUCCUUCGGAUCUCGAUCGGCGGGGAGGUCCUGGAGGACGACGUCGUGGUGGAGCUGGACACGAGGCACCGCCCGAAGACGUGCCGGUCGUUCCUGGCGUUGUGCGGCGGCACCGGGGACGGAAGCGCCCCAAGGGUCAAGACGACCAGGGGUUCCCCUUUGCCGACCUACCGCGGGUGCGAGUUCCACCGGGUGGUCCCCGGCCUCUGCGUCCAGGCCGGCGACUGGGAGCGCUUCGACGGGACGGGGGGCUCCAGCCCGCUCUACGGCAGGAACUGGGCCGACGAGGGAAGCGCCAUUGCAACCAACCAGCCCGGCUUUCUCCGCCACGACAAGGAGGGAAUCCUGAGCAUGGCCAACACCGGAAAGCCGGGCACCAACGGGUCGCAGUUCUUUCUGACCCUCAAGCCGGCCCCCCACCUGGACGGGGGGCACGCCGCCUUUGGGAGGGUGGUGGCGGGGACCGAGUCCCUGCGGAAAAUCGCGAGCGUCGAGCGCGGGGAGAGAGACAAGCCCGUCUCCCUCCAGCGCGUCGUCAUCGAGGACUGCGGGCGCCUCUUCGAGAGCGGAGGGGGCGAGCUUGGGGGGAAAAGAGACCGCAAGAAGAAGAAAAAGAAGAAAGAGUCGAAGCAGAGGGACCGGAAGAGGCGCCGGGGGGGCUGCAGGGGCGACAGCGACGAAAACAGCAGCGACGAGGAUCGACGGCGAACGCACUCCCGAAAGAGCCGAAAGAAAAAGCGACGCCGGCGUGGUUACGAAAGCGACGACUCGAGCGAUUGCGAUGGAUCGGUUGUCGGCUCUUCCUCCAGCGAUAGCGAUCGCGGUGGUCGCCGGAAACGGUCAGCGGAUAAAAAAUGCAAAAGAAAAGAGCACAAACAGCGCCAUUCAAAACACGGCAAGAGAAGGUCGUCGUCGAGACACACCUGACAAACAACGCGGUAGCCAAUGUGCUAGCACGGAGCGGUUCGCUCCCCCACCCGCCGGACGAGCGCUCCACGCACCGGCUGGAAAACGAAGGGCACACGCACUCUGGCAUCCUACAAAGUGGGGCCCGCCAUCGAACUAUAGUGCAUUACAAUAUGAGCGAACAACACAAUGUCG